CGAAGUAGUGAAGAAAGCUUCGGACCAGCUGCGGGCUCAAAUGUGUAAAAUAGCUGAAUUCUCCAUAAGUCAGAGGGGUCUUGUAGCUGUCCAGAAUCUUAAGAAAGAACAAGCUAUUAUAGAGUAUAGAGGCCGAUUUAUGACUCUGUCGCAAUUUAAAGAACAAUAUCCUUUCUUCCGAAUUAGAUAUUUUCCUUUCGUGUUAUUUCACAAACCUCAAGCAGAUGAAGAGGAGAUUUGUGUUGAUGCAAGAGAAUAUGGAAAUGCUGCAAGGUUCAUACGUAGGUCUUGUACACCUAAUGCCAAAGUACGACAUGUCAUCCAGAAUGGGCUUUUACAUUUAUAUAUCUUUUCGUCUAAAGACAUCAAAAAGGAUCAAGAAAUCACCAUUCCAUUUGAUUUUGAUUAUCAAGAGAACAAUUUAACAGUAGAUUGUCCAUGUGGCAAGCAGAACUGUGCUGUCACUUCUUUGGUCUCUCCAAAAGACAAGCAGAAUACAGAAUGCUCUUCGUUAGAUAAUACUCCAAAACGGAAAACAAGGAAGAACAGUGUUUACAUUGAGAACCAGAGUCAAUCCAAAGAUGCUGUGUUAGAUACAUCAGUAAGUUUGACCCACAAAGGAACUCCCUUAAAAAAUUGUGCAGCAAUUUCUUUACCUCAGGAUGAAAAUACACUAACAGAGGUCUCCUUAGUGAAAGAUGAAACUGGAGAAGUCAAACAGGACCACGUGGAUCCUACAGAUCAGUGUGUGGAGAGCAGAAAAAAAAUGACUCGAGAGGAACGUAAACUUGAUGCUAUCAUGCGUGCUUUUGAGAGAAUGGAGAAAUCUCAGAAGAAAAAACAGCAGGCUCGGGAGAAAAUUUCUCUACAGAAGCCACAUAAGCAACAAACAGUUCACGAUGAAGAUAAAACCAAGCAUCACUUGAAUGGUGAAGAGGAAGAAAGUACUCCAGUCUGUGAAAAUAAGUAUGAUGUAAAAAGGGACCAGUUUAAUGGAGACGGGCUAGACAAUGAAGAAGUAAAGCCCGUGUAUUACAGCCCCCCUAUUCAACAUGCACCACCUUACAAGAGAGGGAAAAAACGCCGUUCUUCCGGAUCGGCAACAAGGAGGAGAAUUCGCACAAGCAGUGGAGGAUCCGAGAUCCUUUCUCCAGAUGAGGGAUCAUGUGCACCAAUGGACCACUUUCCAAACGCUGCAGUUACACAUCCUUGUGGAACCUUAAUCUCUCCUGAUGGUAGAAGAGAGGGAUUUGUUCUACCAAAGUCAAAACGGUUCUUGAUGAAUGAGUGGAUACAGGAGAAAGCUGAAGCAUCGGUCCCCGUGUCGUGUCCACUAACUAUCCAUACAGAGUUAUCCUGGGAUCUGUCCACAGCCAGUCCUACCUGUUAUGUAAGUUGCACCAAGGAUGCUACGAGCGGCUCCGGAAUUUUAGCUGCCCAUCUUCGUCGAAACAGCAAUUCGGGAGUUAGCAGCAAGCAGAUAUCAAGCAUUGGUUCAGCUAAGAAGCGUUGGCUUCGCCAGGCUAUGUGUGAGACGUUACCUCAAGACAUAGAAGGAACAGAUGGACAUGAAUCGGAGACAAGUCACUGUUCACCUGUUCAUAAUGGGUCUAUGAGCCCUAACCCACAAAGUGAAGCUAGCAGUCCUUGCCUCUCUCCCUCAGGAGAUGUGCUGACUCCACUGAAGAAACGAAGAAUGAUGCGUGCGAGUAAAGACUCCACUUGUUCUCCCAUACUAGAUGACCAUCCGCAAGUUUCUAGCCCUGAAAGUUCUUUUGGAACAUUACGAGAGAGCUUUAAGCCAACAUUGUGUGGAAUCAAGAGGCUGGCCUCUGAUUGCAGUGAACAUCUAACUAAUAAGCUACCUGGAAAAUGGCUUGAUAAGGAAGCAAAUGUGAAAAGAGAACUCCGAUUGGAGAAGCCUGGUGAAGAAAAUUCGGUAGGUCCUUCACUGUUGACAAACUGUGCUGCAAUUUCACAAGUCAGUAGUGGUACAGAAUCAUCACAAGACUCCUGUAAGUGUUUAGAUUUAUCCUGUGAUGUUCACGGUGUCAUAGCUGAUAGCACAACUGCUACGGCCGUGGAUGGUGUAAGGUCCGAUGUGUGCAAUUCCCUUGAAAAAGUUUUGGAAGCAUACAACACUUCAGUCGGCGAGGCUGACGACACAUUAUGGCAAUCAGUAGAUAGGCCUGCAGCGUGUAUUUCUGGUGAAAAUAUGUCAAAGUGUGACUUUUCACGUGAUGAUAAGUGCUUAUCAACUAAAUAUGAUAAUGCUGGAGCUGAGAACAUAAGCCUGUCGUUGAAAGAUACUGGAGAAAAGAUCUCUGUUUGUGUGUCACCGAAUGCAUGUUACGUACAAGAAACAAAAAUUUCAGCUAAGUCUGACUUUCUUGAAAUUUGCUACACUGACCACAAUUGCAGUUCAGGAGUGGAUGAGUAUGUUACUUCGUCAGUGACUCCCAUUACAUCUAAAAUUGUUAGUCUGUGCUCCAUUUCAUCUUCGGAUGUAAUUUCAUCCGACACGUCAUCUUCUGUUUUGUCCCAUCCCAUUGAAUCAGUUUCCAGCAGUCAAGACUUGCCUGCCACAACUAAGACAAGAAGUCAUAAGACUGGACAAAAACGUAAGGUUUCACUGUCUGAAUACCGGAUGAGAAAAAGGGAGAACACUAAAAACGAGAGCAACAAUCUCAAGUUAGAAACACAUGGGAAACGUGACUUUCAGAACAAUGAAGCGAAUGAUACUGGUCUUUUACCACUGGCACAGUUUGAACCACUUUUAGCUCAAGAUGCAACAGAAAUUGAUUUUAAAGUUUUAGGUCCAGGAAAGACUCCAGUUCCACGUGGCCCAAACGUAUUGACCUCUUCAACUGUCUUCAGAACUAAUGAUUGUUACAUCACUGUACCACCGUCUUGUAUGUUAGGAUGUACAACAUCGCAGGGUCGGCCAAUCCCGGUUCUUCAAACUUCCCGACCCUUGUCCUCUCGACCGGCUAGUGCUCCUGUGUCACCUUCAAAUGGCAGUCAUGCCCAAAUGGCUAUACAAGAACCAGACUGCCACCAUUUUCUCAACCCCACAUGGGGAGUUACUACGACCAUGGAUGUGACUCCUCAGGAUUGAUCGUCAAUCAUCGUUUCGUGCUUGGAAUUAUGACCAUAUUGUAAUAUAAUCUUUUAAUGUAGUAGUCAGUCUGAUCUCAGAAAGAUUUAACACUUCUGAACCUCUGUAUUUCUAAAAUAGUUGGUGUUUAAGGAAAGAUCACAACUUCCUGGAAUGAGUUAUUUCAACGAUCAACUUAACGAGUGAAGGUAACCCUGUUAUUUAUCUACAGUGAUACAACACAGAGUUUGGUUCUUAGACAAAGCUUCCAUUAGCCAACUGAUGUACACUGCACUGGUCUUAUCAAACAUUGUACAUAUUACAGAAAUUCUGUAGUUUUAUGUAGAAAACAAAUGAUUUUUAGUGUUUUGUAUAGCCAUUAUUUUUAGUGUUUUGUUACCGGUUCUCAGAUUUUGUGGUACAGUAAGUAAACAAUGAUAGCGAGCUUAAGUUCAUUUGUAAUUGCUAACAAACUGCUAAUGCUUUGUUCCAGAGCAUAAGAAUACAGCCAGGUAGUGUUGGAACAGAAAUAUGGUCCUAAGUCAAAAGAAAUAAGACUCGGCUGUUCCUUACUUGAUGUGUAAGUAAAAUGUACUGGUGCACAAAAAUAGCCGUAAUCUGUGGAAUAUUUUCUUUUAAAAUAAACUGCCCCUUGUUUUUAUUUCAUAUGGAACUUUGUACAGAGAAAGGUAUAUUUUUGUGUGGCAGAAUGUAGUCAAAGAGUGGUUUUAAUAUAAUAAGGUUUUUAGAACCUGGGUUACCACAAAGUGGACAGCUUGUUUGUACGUCAUUAUUUCAGUAACGGACGAUGAAGAAAGUAGUCAUGGAAAAACUAGUUAUCAAAGUUCAAUUCAUGGCAUUUUAUCGGAAGGACUGUUCACUUGGAAACGACAGCAGCACAAUUACUGUAAUACUUGUUUAUGUAUCACUUACUCUGGUUUAUUGUUAUCAUCUUUCAUUUGUACAAUGUUAAGUGGAUUUUUUGUACCACGGAAGUUCGUAAGUUAUUUCCUACUGAUGGAUUUUUGUUAACGACCAAAAAUAAAUUUUCUUGUAAAUACAUUGAAUAUUA